AAAGUAUUGUUUAAUUUUUCAGAUUUUAUUUUGAACAUGAGUAUGAGAAUGGACAAAAAAUCGUGCAGAAGAAGCCGAUAAUGUGAUAUAUCUAGUCACAGAAAAUUCAUGAUCACCUCUAUUAGUUUCUGGAUGAAAUCUGUGCUUUGAGUUUGAAGUCUUUAUAGCAAGGCGGGAUCACACUAAUAAUUAUCAUCUUCGUAAUUCCGAACAGAAAACUGUGAUGUCUGGGAAAAUGAAAACAAUGAAAAUGACUUCGCCCAAACUCGCAGAGCUGCCGAGAAUUGUGUACACUGAUGAUUCAUCAAAGAACUUCAUAUUUUUCAGGUAAGAAUUUACCGAAGUUUGAUGAAAAACGGUGAAAAAAAUAAAAGUCUGUACUCACUGCAUGCUAAGCUUCUACUGAACCUGGAGAACCUGAACCUUAAAGAUCUUAGAAUCCUUCUGAUUGAAAGUUCUCUGUUUCGUAUUGAUGAGAAGGAUAUGGUUAGUAUCUUGUUUACUCCUGAAUCUGGAAGAAGCCUGCUCAAACUAGCGACUAAUGUUGAACAGACAUCAAGCUCAAGACUUGGAAACUAUUCUCUUAUCAACAACAGUCAGGUCAGAACGAAAGGGAACUCUAUAUAUAUCUUUAACAUUGGUGCAACUCUAUCUACUGUCGGAACAACUCCGUCCGAUGUGAUAGAACCUAGUCUAACCUUCAAGUUCGGCUCUAAACAUUGUCUAAAACUCAAGAAUGAAUGUAAGUGGGGAUUUGCAAAUGGAUCUCUGGCUCUUGUAGAUCUCAGACUUCAGAUCAUAAACUCAACAGAAGUGAUCACUGACAUCCUGGGGAUCCGUGUAGAGAAUGAAGAAACCUUGCUGAAACAAGGAAGAGAGGAUCCGAACUAUAAUAAUCUCGUGCUUAAAUUUAAAGCCAAAUAUCUGAACAAGAAAACUGAGGAAAUCACUCCCACAGUCAUGUCUGAGCCGAAAGUAGAAAAGAAGGUCAAAAAAACAAGUCAAGAAGUGGAAACGGAAAGUUGGAAGGGUUUACCCCUUCAACUUAGAAAUGUUAUUGUUUUCAGAACAUUGAUUGCACUCAGAAGGUCAGAGAAAAAUUUGAACCGUCUUCAUGCUCUGGUUUGUCCUAAGUCAAGCAAGAUUGAUACUUGUGACCUAAAGAUUAUUCUACUCUUUAGUUAUCUCUUCACUUUUGACUACAAAGAAAAUGCACGCAUUGCAUUUCGUCCAGAAGUAGGGUUAGAUCUCCUUCGACUAGCUUCCAAUGCAUUUAUUCCACCGUCGACCUUACAGAAUCCUGCAAAAUGUCAUUCUAUCAACAAAAACCAGAUUACUUUUGAGGAAGAGUCUGUUUACAUUUACAAAAUUGGAGCAUCACUGUAUAUGAACAAAGAUUGUGUUACUCUUCAGUUUGGAGGUCGAAUGGCUCCUCAGAUAAAGCUGAAUGUGAGUUCUGCUGAACUGUCAAGAAAGAGAUCUUUGAUGACUAGACCUGAAUGCUUUGCUGAUAUAAAACUGGAGUUAAAAUCAUCAAAUGUGAUUGCAAGCGUCCUGACAAUAUACUUGAAGGACAAGGUUGUCCUGAUUGCAAGCGUCCUGACAAUAUACUUGAAGGACAAGGUUGUCCUCCUUGAAGAAGGUUUUCAGGAUCAAACCUAUCUCAGUUCAAUAUCCAGCAAGCUGGCGGAGAAUCUAUUGACGAAAAAAGAAGCUGAUGCAAUAAAAGCUUCUGUUCAAGAAGCUGCUGAAAGCGUUGCUGCUAAAUUAGAAGCUGCUGUGUUGCCGUUAGAAGCUACUAAAACAGAAGAGGCUGCAUUAGAGGAUGAUUGUUUGCGGUUUUAUCAAUGGGUUGCAUCUCGAUCAAGUGAAGACCAAGAUAACCUGACUCCUCUUUCUUGUGAUAAUAUUGAUGAUGAAGAUAUUGCUCCCAUGGUAUCAUCUUCAGAUACACCUAUCACUACCAUAUCAAAGUACGAAGAUGAAGAUGAUGGUAACAAUUUCAUGACAUCAAAUUCAUAUACACCUAAAAUUACUGCAUCAAAUGGAAAUAAUACUGAUAUUGAUGAUAAGAUUUGUCCGAUGGUAUCUGAUGUUUAUACUCCAAUAAUAACAAUUCCAGCAAACGAUGAUCCAAUAGAUGAACUAAAUGAUUGGAUAUUUAAUCACAUGAACUUCUGUCGAGUUUCUCCGUUCAAGAAGAUAUUUUCUGAAAUUCCAAGUCAUCUAAGAAUUAAACUCACUCGAACAAAGAUAAAGCAGAUAACCCAGGAGAGAUUGCAAAUCCAAAAGACGAAAGAAAAAAUAGAGAAAGGAAACAUGAUGGUCUAUCGAAUUCAGGCAUAUCUACUAAAUAAGAAUGGAAAGGAUACAUUGAAGAAUGUUAUUAAGUUCCUUAAUAGAGAUAAUCCCCUGGUACCAAUUGGGUUAACUGGUCUUAACAGGGUGAUAGCAAACAAUACAGAUAUGUUUAGAAAAGACGACAUUUCCAUUCAGUUGAUCAGCAUUCAGCAAUAAGCAAUAACUGGCUAUCUAUAUAAAUAGUAAAUUAAAAAACAUUCUUUUUAAAUCAUCAAAUUAGUUUUUUUAUUAAUCUUUAAAAUUGUGAUUUAUGAAGAGUAUAUCUAUGCACAAAAUGCAAAAAUUUCAGUAUACUUUUAUAUAGUUUUGUACUUAAUGCAACUGUGAUUUACUGAUUGUGCCUGAUUAAUAUUAAUUAUUGAAUGUGCACAUUAUCCCAAAUUUGUCGGUUAAAAGAAUUAAUUUUUUAGAA